GCUGUAUUAUGCAGGCAGUAAAUAAUUGAAAUUUCCUUCUUAAGUCUUGAAAUUCCAAAAGAAGUAGUAAUCAUAAUGGAAGACGUUUUCAAGGAUCCCACUACUUUAUCCAAAGGUGUCGAACUAAAAGACCUGAUGUCAGGAUCAGAGUUCGAAAUUGACAUGGACUUCAAGAAGAAACCACGAGGCAUUCUUGUCAAUGGAGAUGAUGAUUUGUUUCCAGGUUUGGAAGAUGACGAUGACAGUGAUACGGAAGACUUUCUCAAAAUUAUAGAAGAAUCGACAGAAAAAAAACUGCUAUCGUCUCCGGAGUACCUGUCUUUCGAGGAGUUGACUACCAAAAUGGUGGACGUCAUACCGAGCGGAGAGGUCAAAAUGAGCAUUGUGGAAGAAGGUGACGGUCCAUUGGUACCAGUAGAUGCUCAAGUCACGCUCCAUUAUGCGGCAUACUGGGAAAAGGCCAAAAUUCCCUUCGACUCUACACUCACUAUGAACUGUGGGGAGCCGUUUUGUCUUCGCCUGGGCUCAGGCCGAUUUCUCCCCGGCCUUGAAAUAGGCUUGACAGCCAUCCGCGGGCCCACCGCCCGAUUCCACCUGCUCCUACAACCUGCGAUGGCCUGGGGCAAGCUUGGAGUCCCACCAAGGAUCAAACCUGAGCCAGUAUUGUUUGUCAUCGUGCUGUAUGGUGUCACUGAUCAGUAUGCUGUAAGCAGAUUCAACGACCUACCUUCACAGGAGCAAUCAAAGUUCGAAGUGACAAUUCGCACAGUAAAUUCCCUCCGCACGAAUGCGAAAGACUUAUUCCAAAGACAUAAAUAUAUGAAAUGCAUUAAAGAUUACCAACAAUCAAUAAAUAUUUUAAACGUGUCACGCCCAGAAACCGAAUUUGAAAUUUCUGAAAUUAAAAGAUUAAAAAUAUCUUCUCUCCUAAACUUGGCUGUAUGUUAUUCGAAACUGAAUAAAGCAAAACAUGUCAUACAGAUGUUAGAAAAUUUAGACUACUUAAUAGAUGUUGACAGUCAUUGCAAAGCGUUGUUUUAUUACGGUAAAGCUAAUGAAAUUUUAGGUAAAACUGAAUUAGCUGUACAAUAUUACCAAAAAGCUUUAAAAUUGGAACCAAAAAAUAAAGAUAUAGGUAAGGCUUUGGAGAAACUCGAUUUAUACAUUAAAAAGUCGUCUAAAAAAGAAAAAGAAAUGUGGCUGAAUGUUUUUAAAUCGGAGUCAAAAGAGAAUUUUAACGUCGAUGAUGAUUUUCAAAAUGGCGUCAGAGAAUUGUUUAAAGAUUUGGCGGGAAAUAAGGAGUAUGCGAAAUUUGAUUUGCCGCCAGGCUUAAAGAGUGACGAAGUUGAGUUUGUAAAGCAUUUGGCUAAGGAUUUUGAGGGGUUGAUUGUACAUGAAGAGGGUGAGGGAAGGAAGAGAAAAGUUACUAUUGUUAAACAAUUGUAAGGCAUUUCUCAGAACUUUCGGCAGUUGUUUAUAUGUCAUUCUCCAUAAUCUUACAAAGUGGAGGUCUACACUUUCGGUACAUUAGCUUUAAUAUCUAAUAGCCAGCACUAAUCUCCAACAACCAUAAGAAUGCAGAUUUUUGGCAAACUGAUCGAAGCGCAUCGAGCGAAGCUUUCUUGGUAUUAUAGCAUAGGAUGUAGCUCAGGUAGCGUAGCGAGAGAUACUUUUAGAUAUAAACUGGGAUUAAUCUUCAUAAAUAAAUAUUUAUUACGUAUUUUACAUGUUGAUUUUUGGAAGCUUCUUUUUGAAUUC